UUAACGGCUCCUGAUUGGCUGUUUUCGGACUGUCGGCAAAGAAGCAUCUGCGGCUCGCGCCGUGCCAGCUGUCCUCGAGCACUCGGCUGGUGCUGGGCAACGGUGAGAGCGGCUCCAGAGGAGGAGGAUCUGGGAAUCUGUUAAAAAAAGGGACUAUGGCUGCCAACAUGGGGUCGAUGCGUAUCCUCAUCAAGGGAGGGAAGGUGGUCAACGAUGACUUCACCCAGGAAGCAGAUGUUUACAUUGAGAAUGGCAUCAUUCAGCAGGUUGGAAAGGAACUGAUGAUACCUGGUGGAGCUAAGGUGAUUGACGCAUCUGGAAAGCUGGUGUUGCCGGGCGGAAUAGACACCUGUGUACAUCUACAGGAUACUUUCAUGAACGGCAACAUUCAGGAUGACUUCUACAGUGGGACCAAGGCGGCUCUGAUGGGUGGUACCACCAUGGUAAUGGGUCUGGUCCUGCCUGAACAACACUGCUCCCUGCUGGACGCCUACGAGAAGUGCAGAGCUCUGGCUGAUGCCAAGGCAUGCUGCGACUACGCUCUGCAUGUCGGGGUGACUUGGUGGGGACCGAAGGUGCGUAACGAGAUGGAGACCCUGGUAAGGGAGCAUGGAGUAAACUCUUUCCAGAUGUUCAUGGCCUACAAAGAUAUGAUGAUGCUGCGAGACUCAGAGCUCUACCAGACGCUGCAGACCUGUAAGGACAUCGGGGCCAUCGCUCGCGUCCACGCUGAGAAUGGAGAGCUGGUGGCAGAGAGUGCCAAAGAGGCUCUGGAUUUGGGCAUCAGUGGACCGGAGGGUAUUGAGAUUAGUCGACCAGAGGAGCUGGAGUCUGAGGCUACUCACAGAGCUGUCACCAUUGCCAACAGGGCUCGCUGCCCAAUCUACCUGGUGAAUGUGUCCAGUAUGUCUGCUGGAGACAUGAUUGCUGCUGCUAAGAUGCAAGGUAAGGUGGUCCAUGCAGAGACCACGGUAGCUCAUGCGGUGCUGAAUGGGAUGCAGUAUUACCACCAGGACUGGGCUCACGCUGCUGCCCACGUCGUUGUCCCUCCCCUGCGCCUUGACCCCAACACACCCAGUUACCUCAUGGGCCUGCUGGGCAAUGACACUCUGAGUGUUGUGGCAUCAGAGCACCGUCCAUUUAACAUCAAGCAGAGGGCUUUAGGCAAGGAGGACUUCACAAAGAUUCCUCAUGGAGUGGCAGGAGUCCAGGACAGGAUGAGUGUUAUUUGGGAGAGGGGAGUGGUUACAGGAAAAAUGGAUGAGAAUCGUUUUGUGGCAGUGACGAGCUCUAACGCUGCAAAGAUCUACAACCUGUACCCACGCAAGGGUCGUAUUAUCCCCGGGGCUGACGCCGAUGUGGUGGUCUGGGACCCAGAUGCAACAAGGACGAUCUCUGUGAGCACUCAGGUGCAAGGCGGAGACUUCAACCUGUACGAGGGAGUGCGCUGCCACGGCGUUCCCCUGGUCGCCAUCAGCCGAGGACGUUUGGUGUGUGAGAACGGUGUGUUUAUGUGUGCUGAGGGCUCCGGAAAGUUCUACCCGCAGCGCACCUUCCCCGACUACCUCUACAAGAAGAUGGUGCAGAGAGAAAAGACUCAGGCUUAUAAGGGGGUUGCCAGGGAUCCCUACUCUGGUGAUGUGGCUAAGGUGGCAAACACUAUGAAGAAGGAGCUUGGUUUGGGCCCCAUAGACGGAGAGUCUCCCAACAAAGCCUGUCUUCGGGUGCACCAGGGAGUCCGAGACCUCCACGAGUCCUCCUUUAGCCUCUCAGGAUCUCAGGUUGAUGACCACAUCCCGAAGAGGUCCUCGGCUCGGAUUCUGGCCCCUCCUGGCGGUCGCUCCAGCGGUAUCUGGUAAUCACUGGUGCUGGAGCUUCAUCCGUCCGACCCUCCUUGUUUUGUAUAAUUCUGAGCAACCAGGAAAACUGCACUGAUUUUCAAUCACAGGAUUAAGAGGGAACAAUAAAUUCAAGCAUGUGUCUGUGAUCGGUGAAGACCUAACUGACGAUCAGUGAUCUGCCAAAGUGACUUUUGUAAAAAUCUAAUUUGUGUCUUAAUUGGAGUGACUGACCUGAUUAAUUCCACGAGAGUGAAGGACUGUCUUUGAAUUUAAAAUGUUUUGCCAAAUUCAAGCUGAUCAUACUAGCACUGACAAAGUCUACUCAUUAUCACCCUGCUCGUAUCCCGCGAAGAAACACAAACUUAACCAACUGUGAAAGAUCAAAACCAGUACAGUUUUUGAUGGUUUGAACUGGUGAUGUUGACUGAAUUAUUUAAAAAAACAGUAGAAUCAGUGAUAUAUCUAUUAUACCCCUGUCACACACACAAACAUACAGUACACUGUAGACACAAUAGCUUUAGACUCAUUUGAGGAUGUGUGUGGAUUCUGUUUGUGAUUAAACACCCACUGUGCUUGGCUUCCUGCUGCACCGUGGGUUCCUCCACUG